AUGGCCUUCGGAACCCUCUUCACCACCAACGACCAGCCUCGUGCCGUCGCCACCAAGGCCGUCGCCAAGGCCAACGGCCUCGACCUGAACAUCUCCCUUGUUGAGGCCGGCAAGCCCACCGCUGAGCACCUCAAGGCUCACCCUCUGGGCAAGUUCCCUGCCUUCCUCGGCGAGGAUGGCUUUGCCCUGAGCGAGAGCAUUGCUAUUGCCAUCUACGUCACCUCCCAGAACGAGAAGACCACCCUUCUCGGCAAGACCAAGCAGGACUACGCUUCCAUUCUGCGAUGGAUGUCCUUCUUCAACUCCGAGGUCACCACCAACAUCGGCACCUGGGUCAAGCUCCUGACUGGCGUCCUUCCCUACAACAAGAAGACCGUCGACGACACCGCCAAGGAGGUUGGCCGUGCUCUUGACGCUGUUGAGGAGCACCUCACCCACCACACCUACCUCGUUGGCGAGCGCAUCACCCUGGCUGAUCUCUUCAGCGCUCCCCUCCUCAACCGCGGCUUCCAGAAGUUCUUCGACAAGCAGUGGCGCCAGCAGCACCCCGCUGUCACCCGCUGGUACGAGACCAUCGUCAACCAGCCCAUCUACACUGCCGUCGCUGAGAAGGUUGCCUUCAUCGACACCCCCGUCCUCACCAACACCGCUCCCAAGAAGGCUGAGCAGCCCAAGGCUGCCGCCGCCCCCAAGCCUGCUGCUGCUCCCAAGCCCGCCGCUGAGGAGGAGGAGGUCGCUGCCCCCAAGCCCAAGCACCCCCUCGAGGCCCUGCCCAAGGCCUCCAUUCCCCUCGACGAGUGGAAGCGCCAGUACUCCAACAACGACACCCCCGUUGCCCUCAAGUGGUUCUGGGAGAACAUGAACUUUGAGGAGUACUCCCUGUGGAAGGUUGCCUACAAGUACAACGAUGAGCUUACCAUGACUUUCAUGUCCAACAACCUCAUCGGCGGCUUCAACAACCGUCUGGAGGCUUCUCGCAAGUACCUCUUCGGCUGCGCCUCCGUCUACGGAGUCAACGACGACUCCGUCAUUGAGGGUGCCUUUGUCAUCCGCGGCCAGGAGUACCUGCCCGUCUUCGACGUCGCUCCCGACUACGAGAGCUACGAGUUCACCAAGCUCGACCCCAGCAAGCCUGAGGACCGUGCCUACGUUGAGGCUCAGUGGUCUUGGGACAAGCCCGUCGUUGUCAACGGCAAGGAGUACCCCCACGCCGACGGCAAGGUCUUCAAAUAA